AUGAAUAUACAUUUCUUGGCUUGGUUUCUUAUUCUUAUUGGGUUCAGCAAAAGCAAGAGAUAUGAUAACUAUAGUUUGUACAACCUUGUUGCGACGGAGCGUUUUCAAAUUAAGUUCCUGCAAAAUUUAGAGACACAAAAGUAUAUGGACGUAAUGUUCUGGAGGCGUCCGUUUAAGCUGUACACGGACAUCCAAGUACUUGUGAACCCAAUGGAUUUGGGUUUAUUCAAAGAGAGAUUAGUGCACUUUGGCAUGAAUUCAAGAGUUCUGUCCGAAAAUAUUCAACAACAAUUCGAUCAGCAAUUAAUACGACAAUACUUAAGGUUGAAAGUCGAUUCCUAUAGUUGGGAUAGUUAUCACACCCUCGAAGACAUUUACCAGUGGAUGGCCGAUGUCGCAGUUAAAUAUCCCAAAAUCGUCAAAUUGAAGGACAUCGGCAAAACCGGUGAGGGCAGAGAGAUUUUGGCUUUGAGCAUCAAAAGCCCCAGUUCUCGAGCGAAAGUGAUAGUCGAAGCCGCGUUGCACGGUAAUGAAUGGGUAGCGGUGGAAUUUGUGACUUAUCUGGCAAAUCAGCUGAUACGAGCCGAGAAAUCGCAGGACAGUAAAUUGAAGCGUGUGGCGAGGAAAUUUCAUUGGCUAUUGAUACCAGUUGCUAAUCCAGAUGGCUAUGCUUAUAGUAUGAAAGAUGAUCGUCUGUGGCGUAACAAUAGACACGUUUCGAACAAUAUUACUCUGGGAGUUGAUUUGAAUAGAAAUUUUGACUACAGUUUUUGCACACAAGGCGGUAGUAAAGUACCGUCGAAGGAAUACUAUUGCGGGCCCAAGGAGUUCUCCGAACCUGAGUCGAGGGCCAUCGCCGGCUUCGUCAGCCUGCACCGGAAAGACCUUAAUUUCUACUUCUCUUUCCAUGCCUAUGGACAAAAGAUCUUGAUACCGUACUCGGACAGUGUCAAGCACAUUGAAAAUUUCGGUGAAAUGGAAAAUUAUGGGAAACAAGCAAUAUUGAAAAUGUACAAAUUGAACGGAGUCAAAUACAGCAUCGGUACUAUAUACGACACCCUUGGUGAGUAG